CUUGCCACUUCCAAAUAGGUUCAGAUAGAAAGCGAACUACGGAAAAGUGCCCAACUCUCAGUCUCAAACCCAAGCAGUAGCACGAACGCACGGAAGUCGCCGAGAGAGAGGCCAGAAGGAAGUUGCGGAGAGAGAGACGCCGUCGCCCGCCUGCACGCUCCACUGCUGCUGCCCGCCUGUCACCGAGAGAGAGACGCCGCUGCCCGCCAGACGCCACCUCGUCGGAAAUUCUCCAGCCUCCAGGUCCUGGAGUCCAGGUACGGAGAUGACUUCAAUCAAAGAUGGAAGUGAUCUAAGUACUCAACCAACUCAAAAUUUUGAGGAAACUACUCCUGUAGAAAAUCAAAAUGAAGAAAUUGAAGAAGAUGGUUCGAAGAAGAAAUCAUUUGUGUGGGAACAUUUCAAAUAUGAGAAGAAUAUCACAAAAGCAGAAUGUCCAUAUUGCAAGAACAUGAUCAGGUGUGAUUCUAAAAAAAUUGGAACCAGUGGUUUAGGAAAACACUUAAAGUUUUACUGUCGCAAGUCUCCCUGUUACAAGCAAGCAGACAGUAAACAAAGGACUUUAAAUUUUUCUCCGUCUCAACCACCCAUUGGAAAGGGUAACACGUUUAACCAUGAUGCUUGUAGAAUGGCAUUGGCUAGGAUGUGUAUCAAAGACAACAGGCCUUUUAGUAUUGUGGAGGAUGAGGGCUUUGUGGAGUAUUCAUCGACAUUGAAUCCAAAGUUUAAACUUCCUAGUCGAUGGACGGUUGCUAGAUAUUGUUUGAAUAUAUACAAAGAAGAGUCCAAAGUCGUCAAAAGUAUGCUUGUUCAAGGACUCUGCUGCAUGUAGGGGUGAUUGCUUCUACCUUCUGUAAUGCUGAAGAAAAGAAACUUGUCACCACAAUGUUUUUGUGGGGCCUUAAUAAUGUAACAGAACAUUUCCUUUGGCUAGUUCUCCUCUACAAUGCUUAUUUUUGCCUUUUU